UUUGACAAGCUGCUCCGAUAAAAAUCGAAUCGCGAAAAUUUGAUAUGGUAGUGAAAAGAUACAGAUUGCCGAUAAUUUCCGAUUUCCUCAGUAUUUUCCCCUGUAAAUUUAACGAUUUUUCCAGUUAGUGCAGCAAAAUGGAUGUCUUGGCUACGUUGGAGACUUAUUUAGCUAAUGCUGUGAAUCCUAGCAAUUCCGAGCUGGACAUUUCAGCCAUUGACCACUUUUGCUGGACGCUGAAAAAGAACCCAAAACUUGUGGGCUACGCCUCCCAGCUGCUGGUAAACCAUAUUCAGUCAUCCAAUGUGCGAGAAGCUUUGCUGGCUUUGGAGGCACUCGAGGAAUGUAUGGAAACGUGUGGGCCCGAUUUUCGGUCGGUUAUCAAUAAAUUUCGUUUCCUGAACCAACUGAUAAAAUUGGUAUCUAAAAAAUAUGAGGGGCACAAAACUCCUGAGGAAGUUUCUGACCGGAUCUUGAACAUAUUACUAACGUGGACAAACAAAUACGAUAGCUAUUCGAAAAUACAAGAGGCGUAUAACAUGCUUAAAUCGCAGGGCAUCGAACACCAUCCUCAGCAGAAUGUGGUCUUAAAGAGUGCGCCCAAGGCUAACCCAACUCGAGAUGUGCUUGAUGAUCGGGAAUCGGCAACGCUAAAGAAACUUAUAGCGAGCAACAAACCAGAGGAUCGAGAGAAGGCAAACCUACUGAUACAGAAUCGCAUUCGGGAUGAAGAACGGCGUAUCCAGAUAAAGAACCGGCGCAUCGACGAACUUAACAAAGUGGCCGACAACACUAAGCUUUUGAGUGAUACGCUAAGCCAGUUCCAGCCGAAUGUUGCCUCUGAGGACGAGUUGACUGUCGUACGGCAGAUAUAUGACUCAUGUCAAUCUAUGCAUCCUACCAUCCUUCGUUUGGCAGAAGAAACUCAACAAAGUGAAGGUCUUUUGGAGAGAAUUUUACAAGUUAACGAUGACCUAACCCAGGCGUUGGAUAGAUACCGUGAAAUAAUUCCCAAACACGCAUUGGCCCCUAGCGAGCAUCCAGAUUUGGCAUCAUUGACAUCAGCGGUAUCUCAUCCGUCGACAGGAUCGAUGAAUAUCACCGGAUCAGAUCCUUUGGAUACGCUGUUCGAUGUUUCCAACAUUCCCUCGGGAAGUGAAGUGGUCGGCCAGAAUGUGCUCGAUGAUCUGAGUGAAAUAUUCUCAUCGACAGUCAGUACUGAUAAUCAUGCGGUGAAGCCGUUUGUAAGCUCUACCUCAUCUUCGUCGUUGGCUGUCAAUACUAACACCAUGCUCACUCCGCUGGUCGUAAGCAAUGGGAAUUCGCAUAAGCCUCAAAUCAAAACUAGCGUACUACUUAACGGAAUUGAAAAUGGAACUAAAAUAAAAGACAAUUUGCUGCUUUUAGAAGAACUUAGAAACUACACUCCGAAAAAAGAUGAACCUACCAAUGUGACCAGAUCUACUGAUUUUGAAUCUACUGGCAGCUGUGGAAAGCCGCUAGGAGAUCUAGAUUUCAUUGUUAGUGAUAUCAAAUCGUCUCUUCUAUCGAGGGCCAGCAUGGUUGGAAGUACAGUAAAUGAAACCAAGAACCAAUCUGUCGAAUCGCAGCAUAGUGAUGACGAUGAUAAUCUUCUAGUUCCGGUAACCCCAAUCAUUGAGUCCCGCGAUCUGUCGGCAUCUAUGUCUAGCUCAAUCGAGCCAGUGUUCAUUAGGACCGAACCGGAGAAGUCUAGUUUCAAAUCACUAGCAGAGAUAGUAGUGGACCUUGAUAGCAUUCAACCCAGCAAGGAACCCGCACGAACCGUCUGGGACGAUAAAGAAGGACUUCAAAUCACUCUCAACUUUUCGAGUGAUCAUCCUAGAGAGGAUGUGACAGUUAUUGUCAUAUCCACCAUUAAUCAAGGGCGAGAAUCGAUACCGAGCUUCUACUUUGAUGCUAGCGUCAAGAAACCUUGCAAGUUACGUUUGUUGCCUGCAUCCGGGACUAGUCUUCCCGGGACGAAACCGUUCCGCCCCCCGGCCGACGGGAUUACUCAGGUGCUGUUGCUAGCCAAUCCCGAAGGUAAGCCUGUGGAUUUAACCUGUAUCGUAACGUACUGCUUGGGGAAUGAUCCCGAUCCAAUAAAGGAAUCGAUCGUUAUGAAAGAUAUUCCUUUUACUCGAGAAUAGCGAUAAGAAAUAUAGUUUUAGCGUCUGGCGGCUUGCUUUUUUUUAACACUUGAUUGUAAUAAAAAAAAACAAUAAUUGUUAUAGAAUGUAUAAGAAAAGCUGAAAAAACUAUUUGACGCCUGUGAUGUCCUUCUCAUUUUUAUUUAAAUUGUUGAUCGCAAAUCGACCUAUUGAAUAUUAUAAUCAAAAUAAAGAUAACAGUGGCA